UCUCAAUACCCAAUAUGUUUUAAUUGUAUUUUAAAUGAACAAUCUACAGAAUAACGCAGAUUUAACUGCAAAUUCUAAUAAUAAUGAAACACCUAGCAAAAACUAUAAAACUAAUGUCUUGGAAUCCGGAAAUCCAGACAAUAAAAUUAAAGAAAAUUUAUCAAACACCCCAGUUCCAAAACACAAAUCCAACGGAAAACCUCUGAAAGAAGAGGAAGACUUGGUGGAACAGGACUUAUCAGAUGUAGAAGACAAUUACAGGGAACCUUCCGUCCAAAGAUACCUACCAGGUAUAUUCGUGGACGUGAACCUGAAGACUAAUUUUUUGGAGAGAAAGGGAAGAAAAAUCGCAAUACCAAUGAUAGUGGAUUUCUACUCAGAAUGCCUUAAGAAAUACGGAGAUGAAAAAAACUUCAUAUACGAAGAGUCAUAUUUGGAAAAUAUGAAAGGGAAAGUAGAGGAUUUCUAUCCCGAUCUUCCAAAGGUAUCAAAAGGGACUGGAGAAACUCCAAACGACUCUCAAACGCAGCCCAACUUUGAUAAUAAGCAAGUUAUCUCAGGUUCUGAAGUCCAGAAAACAGUAAAUUAUGAUGAGAACUUAGAUGAUGUUAUAUGGCUCAAAAAUAGACCAAACGACCCAUUACUCAGAUGCAUAAGGUCAAUAACGGACCGAUUGAACAUUCAAGGGAUAGUGGGAGAUCCAACAAGUUACCUGAAGAAGGGAGGAGAUGAUAUGCACUACGAUAUGGAUGACCCAUUCUUUGAUGACAGCGCAAUGCUGUCAGAGUUGAAAAUGAGUAAAAGCGACAUACUACUCAAAAGAGCAAUGGAAAAAGAGUUUUCAGACUGGAGUGAAGAUGAAGAAGAUGAGGAAGAAUAUGUUGAACCGGAGGAUUUUGUGGCAGACUACUAUAGUAGUUUUCAGAAGGAUAUCAAACAACAGAAGGAAAUGGAGAGUGAAUAUAAACUCUACUUCUAUCCGUCAGGAUGGAGAGAUUACAUUUCUAAGAUACCAAAAAGGUUCCAUAACAUAUAUUCUGAAUUUGAAAGUCAAAUGGAAUAUACAGCCGAACCGAUCACAGACAAAUUAUUGAGAGUUAAAGUAAAAGAGUUGUUAGAGUCUAUAUUCAAAAGAUUACUUAAGCUGAAAAUUCUCCCAAAAACACCAAAAUAUUCAUCGAAAUCUAAGAAGAAUAAGCCUGAGAAGGAGUUAAAAUUGAAUAAUGAAGUUCCUAAUGAGGAGAACCUUAGCCAAACUCAGCCAUUGCCAGAUGAAAAUCAACAAGGAACAGUAGAAGAGGAUAAAGCGGUCUCCAAACCCAAAACAAACCCAAAUGAGAUACCAAAGGAGAUUCUUAAGAAAAGAGGCCUGAACUGCAUGCUUCAAUAUAGGAUAAUCGAUGUGAAUGGGAAAAUCCUACGCUGGAUUGUCAAGUCUGUAACUGCGAUGACUAACGCAUAUUCACCAUUUGAAAUACACUGUGAAUGGUUCGCUCUCGUUGUUGCAAAUAAUGAAAAGCUUCUAGCUGAACAAUCGAAUAAGUUAAAAUCCAAGCUUACAACCAAGUUGCAGUCACUAAAGCCUAAAAAGUCCGAGAACUUAAUUUCUCAACUUUCAGAAUCUUCCAAAACAUUGUCAAAAUCAAUCGGAAUCAUUAGAAAGCUGUUGAAAGAACACAGAGAAGCUACAUUUGUUAAAGCAUCACAAAGUUCUAAAGAGGUGAAGGAACCAGUACAGAGGAAGUCACUGAUAGAAAUUAGCCUAGACUCAGCCAGAGAUGACCACUAUGAAUACAUGGGAUUGAGCCAACCAACCACAAAACAAGUUCCAAAAGUCGAUGAGUUAGUAAAAAAUGAUUAUGAGUCCAUUGUACAAUUUGAAAAUCUACUCUUAGAAACUAUGAAAGAUAGUCAAGUUUCAGUCGAUUUGGAUAAAAAGGAUGCAUAUGAAUUAAAUUUUCAAGAAGCUAACAUGAGGGAAGAAAACGAUGAGACAUCGAGUUCGUCGUCGUCUAAUACUAGUACAGCAGAUAACUCGUCAGUUUCUAGACUUGAAGAUGAUCCCGCCUCCGGAACACCCAUGCCUAAAUCUGACCAGUUAACGGAGUUUAAAGAAAAUGAUUUGAAGGACAAAAAUGACCAAAAUUCCUUGGCUGACUCAGGUAUUAAGACGCCAAAAAGAUCAUCAGGUCAGAAAGAUGAGGAUUUGGAUGAAAUCCUAAAACAGUCAAAGAUAAUGAAGAGGGUUAAGGACGUGUAUAACUUGUUUAAACUUGUAGGUAACGAGUCGCUGGCUUUUGUACAGAUGAAUAACUUAGCAAUAUACGUAGCAAAUAAGAUGAAUAAUAAAGAAUUCAAACACGUGGUGGAGCAUCUGGGAUUGACGCAGAACCCAUUUGAUCAAACGUAUAGGAGACUGGGAGAGAUAGGGUCAAAAUUGGUGCAGGAAUUAUAUAACUUCAAAGUUAGUUUACCAACAGAUGUGAUGAAAGUUGUGGUAAUAAAUCUACAAACUCAUCUCAAAGUGGAGGAAUUAUAUGAGAAGAAGAGCAAGAAGCCUCUUCUUCUGUUCAACAACUCUAAAAUAAAGGCAAGCCCAGGAAAGCUGUUUUUAACACCGCCCAAGCCUAAAACGCCCAGAAAGACACCUAAAGGUGAUACGAAUAAAAACGUAAAGACAAUAAACAGUGAAAUUGGUAACGGGUCUAAAGAAGUUAAGCCUUCGCCGAGGAAGAGAAAGGACCCCCAAAAUCCCCAGUAUAAGCCUACACCUAUCAAAACCAAAGAAGAUGGGAAUAAAGAAAUUCAAGAACCUGAAAAGAAGAAAAAACGUACUCAGUCAGUAAGUAGGGUUAACUCACUCAAGGAUUUCUUCCUCUCAAGACUUAGAUAA